AUGCCAGCAAUCAUUGAGCCUCAUGAUGAGUUCAUGGGCGCUGUUCAGCAGAUCAUUCUGUCAUCAUCCGAGACAGACUACAUCGACCAGUUGAUCCCGGUGAUGCGCGAUGUCAGAAACUCAGAGCGUGCAGGUCAUCUCAUCCAGGCGUUGACACAAGUCUCGAACGAUCGACAAGCCGAGAUCGAACGCAUUUGCAACACCAACCACCAAGAGUUCAUCAGCUCUGUCAAUCAGCUCCAGCGGGUACGAGAAGGAACGGUCACUCUGACUGCCGAGAUUAUGAGUCUCAGCCAGUCGAUCGAGGCUAGUACCGAGAAACUCGCAGAGCAGAAGAGAGCAUUGGUCGAUUCCAGGGGCGUUCGGCAGAAUAUUGAUGAUGCUACCCAGGCCUUGAAGGAUUGUCUCGAGGUUUUGAGGCUGGCAAACCAAGUGCAUGAUUUGCUCCAGGAGAAAAACCGUUAUGCAGCACUUCGAGCUUUGGACGAGCUGCAGAAUGUUCAUCUGAGAGAAGUAACCCGCUACAUGAUUGCAGGCAUGAUUGAGCGCUCGGUGCCUGCAACUCAGCGUUUGAUAGCCGAGGCCGUCAUGGCAGAUCUCAACACAUGGCUUUUCCGUAUUCGUGAGACUUCGCAAUUCUUGGGUGAGGUUGCAUUCUAUCACACAGAGAUGCGUCGAACCAGACACAAGAUGAGAUUUGAAGAAAAUCCGGACCUUGGGAACUUCAAACUGAACUCUGCGGUGGAAGCUGUUGCUGACGAGAGCGAGGAGUUCGAUGUGCUGAACAACGAAGAGGUACAGGUCGACUUUUCUCCUCUAUUUGAGGCCAUUCAUAUACACGACGCCUUGAGCCAGAGCGACAAGUUUCGUCAGGACUACUCAGCGACCAGAAGGAGGCAAAAGGAGCUGCUCCUACCUGCGAGUCUGAAUCUUCUGGACGAAGACGCCGGAGAGUUAAGCACUUUGCUGGAGAGCAUUGCUGGGUUUGCCAUUGUCGAAAAAGCCACCAUGAUGAAGACAGAAAAUUUGAGGUCCUUAGCAGAUGUCGAAGAGUUGUGGGACUCAAUGUGCCAGAGCACUAUUACACUUGUCAAUAAGUCCUUGCCAACCAUCGACAACGACGAGAGGCUGUUGAAAAUCAAAGGCGUCAUUGCGCUUUUCGUCCAAACAAUGGGUAGCUGGGGGUAUUCAGUCGAUAGUCUCGACCAGUUGCUGCUUACAAUAUUCGACAAAUACGCGCAGCUGCUCAAGCAAAGGUUCAGCGAGGAUUUCCAGGAGAUCGUUUCGACGGACGACUACAUGCCUAUGCCCAUCAACAACCCCGACGAGUACGACAAGGUCAUCAACGUCAGUUGGUAUACGCCAGACAAGGACCGCGAGCAGCAAAAGUAUGUGUACGCCUUCCCCUGUGUUCUGCCCUUUUCACAGAUGUACCCGCUUUGUUGCAUCGACAUCCGGAACUUUCUAAACCAGAUUUAUUUAUUCUCUGACGAUCACUUUCAAAACUCAAGUGUCAUUGACGAUACACUAAAGAGCUCUCUAGAUGAACUCCUCUGCCACAAAGUGUGCAGGUCAUUGGUCGAGAGACUAUCAUCACAAUAUCCCGGUCAAAUUGUGCAAAUUUUGACUAAUCUCGAUCACUUUGAGACAGCAUGCCGAGAGUUGCAAGACUUGCUCGCAGAAGCCCGUUCGUCGAGCAGCGCGGCUGGUCCUAUCGUGCUCGCCGCGACAGAAGAGUUCACGACAGCCAAAAAAGCGGCCGAGAAGCGUAUCUUCGAACUCGUUAACAGCAAGAUUGACGAUCUGAUCGAGACGGCCGAGUAUGACUGGAGUUCUACCUACGAGCCACCAGCUGCUUCACCUUACAUGCAGGAAUUGACACGCUAUCUAUCCGACGUCAUGUCUAGCGUGUUGCUCGGGUUGCCUGUGCAGAUCAAAGAGCUCAUCUACUUCGACGCGCUCGCACACAUCAGCAAUGCCAUCCUCGCGCUACCGCUGGAUCCAUCUAUCCGUCGUCUGUCGCCGCAGAGUGUCACGGCUUUCCGCCUUGACACUGAGCACUUGAUCGAUUUUGUUCGCAGCCUCGACAACCCAGUGCUUAUGGAAGGUCUCGACGAGCUUCGCCAAACGGUUGAUCUCAUGGCUGUAGCCAAGGAAGGCGAAGGACGCGCAGAAGAAGAAUUCUUCGACGUCGAAAAGGGACGCAAGAGAUUCGGCAAGGUGGACAAGAUGAAUGGAGCCGAGUUGCUGGAGAAGGUCAGCCAGGGAGCGGAAGCA